UUCCUCCAUGAUCAGCUCUUCCUGGACCCCAGCAGCUGGCCGGGGCUGCUGUGGCAGGUCUCUGGCAGGUUGCAGCAAGGCAAAGCCCCACAGUGCUGGUGUUCCCCAGCCUCUCAGGCCAUGCAGGGGCUGGACAUGCAGCCUGAACUGCUCCCCCCUGACACUGAUGCUGCUCUGCAGGAGGGGAGCUGAGGCAGCUCUUCCAUAUGGCGCCUGUUCACUUCCACUUCUGCAAAGCCAGAGCAAGCCUGAAAUAGCUGCAUUAGCCAGCUCGGCUUAGAGAGCUUGUGCAAGACAAGCUGCAAGCCACUGGGAAAGGGGAAGGUGCAUGAAACCCAUGUGAAGCAAAAAUGCACACAGGGCAGAAGAAACCUGGGGAGCCAGGAAAGAGAAAAACCAGGUUGUUUUCAGUGAUCCCAGAGCAGCUGAUGGACAUCCCCCAGGUGGUGUUGCAGGUACAGGAGAGAGAGAGGUGAUUUUUGACAAGGUAUCACCAGGAGAUGGAAGGGCACUUUCCAGGGUGGCCAUGUGCAUAGGGACAUGCAGCCGGAUCGUGGGUCCCUGCCUGCUGGUGCUGGGCAUGCUCUCCGUGGCAGCCAACAUGCUCCUGCUCUUCCCUGGAGGGGCAUCGAAGUACCUGGUGGAGGGGCACAUCAGCAAACAUGCCAAGGCCAUGCCGGGUGUCUGGGGAGGCGGCAUCAUCCCACGUUUUCCUUCCUGCAGGUGCUGCUGGCAGCGACCCACAUCACGGCGGUGGGGUGGCGAUGUGCCGGCUGCUCCAACUGCGGCACCCGUCACAAUGCUUUCAUCUCAGCUGUGCUCUCCAAGCUGGCCCUGCUGGGUGCUGCUGCCUGUUUCAUCUUCUCUGGGGUGGGUUUGACCAAUGGACCCUUCUGCUUCUACAAUGCCUCCGAGCAUGGCCACAGGCAUGGCACCAUCUGGGGUUACCCCUUCCUGGACACUGGCAGCCAGGAGCCUGAUGCCAGGACAGAGAACUACCUAUAUGAUCAUCGCACCUGGAGCACCUGCCUGGAGCCAGAGGGUAUCGUGGCCUGGAAUGUUGUCUUCUUCUCCAUCCUGCUGCUCAUCAGUGCUGCUGAGAUGGGACACAGACCUGAACCUGCCUGUGCUGGGACGACUUUGGCCCCAAAACUGAUGAGGUUCAGAAGAAAGUAGCAAUGAUCAACCUAGUUUAAAGAAGCCAAGCAGUGAGCCAGGUGAAACAGUAAAUGGGGGAUUGUCGUGGCUUAUCAGAAGGUAAAAGGCAGAGAACUUGCUGGUGGAGAUAAGGGCAGUUUAAUAAUUGAAAUAAAAGGAUAAUAAUGCCAAUUAAUAACUAAUUGUAGUGAAAAGGAAAAUAUCAAAGAGAAAGAAAUAAAACCCAAGAAAGACAAGGAACGCAAAUGAAAACAGUUGCUCACCACCAGCCAUAUGGAAUGGGAUAUCCCUUGGGUCAGUUAUGGUCAGGUGUCCUGCCUGUGUCCCCUGCCAACAUCUUGUGCACCCCCAGACUGCUCACUGGUGGGGUGAGCUGAGGAGCCGGUCUGUGUAAGCACUGCUCAGCAAUAACAACAUCCCUGUGUUAUCAAUGGAAAGGAGCCCAGGACUGGGCUGGUGGCAGGAGCCUCCAUGCCCAACCAACUACAGUAAUUAAAACCAGUAAUAAAACCCAGCUAAACGCCAGUUUGAGGAUGGUAACACA